CGUUUUAAGAUAAGACUGCAGAAAAUAAAUAAUUGUAUUUAUCACGUGAGCUGUGUCCCUAAUAUCUUCAGUUUGUACGAGCACAUCAUAUAACAUGGCAGAUAGAUACCAGUUAUGGGGAGGAUGUUUUGAGGAAGAACCUUCUGCCGUACUGAAACGCUUAAACGACUCCCUUGGAGUGGACAGCAGACUCUAUCGAGAGGAUGUCUUCGGUAGCAAAGCGUGGGCUCGAGAGCUGUUCCGCAGCGGUCAUCUAUCACAAAAUGACCACGACGCUCUACAAAGCGGACUUGAUAAGGUUGUGCAAGAAAUAGAGCAGGACUUAUCUCUGAAGGGUAGCCUCAAGGAUCCUGAAGAAGAUAUUCACUCUGUGGUGGAAAGACGCCUGCACACACAUGCAGGGGAAGCUGCAUUACGGUUGCAUACUGCUCGUAGCCGCAACGAUCAGUCUGCUACUGAUACACGAUUGUGGAUGUUGGCAUCUACGCAUAGAUUACGUAACACUCUCAUAGAACUUAUUACGGUGCUAGUAAAGAGAGCCGAAAUGGAAAUCGAUAUCAUCGCUCCUGGCUACACACACUUGCAACGUGCACAACCCGUACGCUGGAGUCAUUUUCUAUUAAGUCACACAUGGUCUCUCAAAGAUGACGUUAUGAGACUAGAAGAGCAAAUGAAACGCAUAUCCCGAUGCCCUCUCGGCAGCGGAGCAAUUGCCGGGUGCGCGCUAGCUAUAGACAGGAACAGACUAGCUCGCGACUUGGGAUUUGAAGAUGUUACACCAAAUUCCAUGUUUGCUGUUAGUUCUAGAGAUCAUAUAGUUGAAUUCCUCAACUGGGCAACUUUAUGCAGUCUCCACCUUAGCAGAUUAGCCGAAGAUUUAAUUAUAUAUAGCUCUCAAGAAUUCGGCUUCAUACGUUUUUCCGAUCAAUUUUCCACGGGUUCUAGUUUGAUGCCCCAAAAACGAAACCCCGAUGGAUUAGAACUGGUGCGUGGAGCAGCGGGACUUAUGUUGGGAACUUCGGUUGCAUUCAAUUGCGUAUUAAAAGGACUACCGAGUACAUACAAUAAGGAUUUGCAGUCCGACAAAGAGCUAUUAUUUGCAUCUUAUGACAAACUUUUAGAUUGUCUAAAAGUAGUCACCGGAUCAGUCAAAACCAUGGAAGUAAAUCGUGAGAAAGCGCAAAGUGCAUUAGAACCAGGGAUGUUAGCCACAGACAUUGCGCACGCACUCGUACGGCGCGGGGUACCGUUCCGGCGGGCACACCACCUCGUUGGAGCAGUCCUGCGUCGUGCCACCGCACUGGGAGUAGACUUGCAGCAUAUGUCGCAUGCCGAAUAUUUGGCUAUAUGUCCUGAUUUCGGUAGUGAGGAAGAGUUACGUGCCAUAUUUUCAUGGGAAGCAAGUGUAGAGCAAUACACGAGCGUUGGAGGUACUUCUAUGUCAUCGGUACGAGUUCAGCUUCAAGAACUCAACACUUGGAUCAACCAGACUCAAAAAUGAUGUAUAAUUAUAUAAUAAUAUGAAUAAAGAUAUAAUAAUAUCUUAAUCUUUUAUCAAGGUCAUUGAAAUA